UCUGUUUCGGUUCACUUCUAUCUAAACUAUUUGUGAACACACACAAAAAUACACAAGCUUUACAGUAGUUGUAUAGGUAAUGAUGGAAUCCCAAAAAUUCACUGAGGGGGAAUUUUAUCAGGAACGUUUUGAUCCUGGAGCAUACAAUGACAUGUUAUACUCUGGUCUACAGGGUCAUUCAGACGAGCAAAAUUUCAUUACUUUCAUUUUACAACGUCUGAGCAAGACUUUUUCUGGUGGGAAGUACAGAGGUCGAACACUGAUUGAUGUUGGAAGCGGACCUACUAUUCACAGCGUGAUUAGUGCUUCAAAGUAUUUUGAUGAGUUCGUGCUGUCCGAUUACACUGACAGAAAUCGCAAGGAAAUUGAGAAAUGGCUAAAAGCCGAGGAGGGAUGUUUUAACUGGAAACCAGUCAUCCAGUAUGUGUGUGAGCUGGAAGGAAGAAGCCCGUCAGAAGUGGAAAGUGAACUGAGGCAGCGAGUGAAGCGUGUGUUGAAAUGUGACGUUCGUCUAGAGAAUCCUUUCCAUCCCCUGAACCUAGAGCCCGCAGACUGUGUGAUCACGUCUCUGUGCCUUGAAGGGGCAUGUAAAGAUACUGAGACCUACAGCCGCGCUCUGCGUAGCCUGCGUGCGCUCCUGCGACCCGACGGAGCGUUGGUGAUGGUUGGUGUGCUUGGAGAAACCUUCUACACGGUGGCGGGACAGAAAUUCUCCUGUCUUUCUUUGACCCAGAGCAAUAUCGAGGAUUUGCUGAAAAAUCUGGGCUUCACGGUCCAAGAGUUUAAUGUUUUCCAACCACAAGAUAAGGACAUCACGCUCUCAGACUCAGAAGGUGUUUUUCAUCUUAUCGCUUUGAAAUCUGUUAACUAGGCCUAUACGCCUCUCUGUAUUCCAUUUACCGAUUUGUGUUUGUAUAUAACAGAGCAUCUGUGCAAGCUUUAUGCUUCAGCUGACCAUACUAUGUAUAAACAAAAUAUUUAAAAAAUCUUUGAUACAUUUCAAAGCAAUUAAAAACAAAUGGUAACCUACACAUUUAUAUGUAAUUCAGUGUUUGCUAUUCAUUUGUCAGUGUAUAACACUGAGACACAUUCAAUUUUUUGGGUAGCAUCCACAAAUGAAAACGGUGAAAGAUGUUUUCACACCGAUUGGUAAUGCAAAAAACUGCGGUGACUUGAAUCAAAUCCACUUGCUCCUACACAGCUGCUCUGUUGGUUCUUCCUUCCUUCCUUCCUUAGAAUCAGUAUUCUCACGUAACAAAGCGUUUCUAUCAUGCGUCUUCUAGUUAAAUACAAGGUUUCAGUUAAAAAUGAAAAGAAAAGAGCUCCAACUUACAGCUUGGACAGGUCAUCGUAAUGCCUCUUGAUGCCUUUUAGUAGUGACUGUACAGUGGGCAGGACUGCUGAUGAUCUGUAUUAUUGGAUGGGGAGAAUGAUAUUUUCACAACAAUUGGUAAUGCAGCAAACUGACUUAGGUCAUAUCCACUUGCUCCUACAUAGCUCUCUGUUGGCUCUUCCUUGUCUUUUUAACACAAUCCAUCUUAAACAGUAAUGACCCUCAUUGCUGAGAUUCUACUCUC